GAUUGGCGUGGCAGUGGGGAGGAGGGGAGCUGCGGCCUGGCGUGGCCUCGUGGCAGUGGGGAGGGAUGGGGUCGGGGUCCUGCUCUGGGUGGCCAUUGGGAGCAAUGGGAAGUGGGGUGUUGCUGUGGGUGUCACUGGGGGUUGAGAAGUGGGGUGCUGUUCUUCAUGGCAGUCGGGAGGGUGAGAAGUAGGGUACCAUGCUGGGCGGCCAUUGGGAGGAAUGGGGUGCUGGUUCACAUGGCUUUUGGCAGGGAUGGGAUCAGGGUGCUGCACUGGCGAUCAUGGGGAGCGGUGGGUUCAGGGUACUCUGGUGGGGGGCUUUGAGGAGGGUAAGAAGUGGGGCACAGCUGUGGGUGCUCAUGGGGAGGGGUGAGGUCAGGUCCUGCUCUGCCCGGCCAUCAGCAGGGGUGCCAUUGGGGUGCAGGUCUGUGUGGGGCGGGAUGGCUGUGGGCCCCACCUCUUCCCCCUCAGCUUGCUGGAGGGUGGGUGAGAAACCUUUCGUGGUUUCUCUUCCUUGUGGCCGUGCGAAGGUGGUCCAAGUCCAGACUUCUGUUGGGCAGCAGAGCAGGAGAGCUGCCCAAAUUCCAACCCAGAGAAUACAAAGGGCCCCAUGCAGUGCUGUGGCUCUGGGGAGAACGAGCUGUCUCGGAGUGGUGGGACGUGUCCAGGGGCCACGGCGGGCUGCAGCCCCUCACCUUGUGUCCCUCACAGCUGCCAUUCUCUGGGGCCUGCCCUAACCGCGGCCAGGGUGGGCGCCAAUGGCCAACGCUCACUAUGGGAGGAGCCCUUCCUGCUCCUCGCGUGGCUGUGCUAUUUGCACUGUGACCACCGCCCACCCCGGCGGUCCCACCAGGCCACCCAGAGGGCCCUGGGGACGCUGCCCCACGUGCACCCCGCUAGGAAGCCUCUAGAUCCUGGGCACCGUUUCCUCUGACGCGUUCCUUCCCCCCGUCCUCUCCUGGCCUUGCGAGUGUCUGCAGGGCACCGUGCAUGCACUUAAAGUGUGUUCCUGGGUGAGGCUGUGGUCACUGGAAGCCCUUCCCAAAGCGACCCCCACAAGGCCACGUUCCAGCCUCCGGGUUGGAGGGCUGCUUCUCACACGGGCAGCUGAGCCGGAGGUCCGCAUGGAGUUCCAGCAGAAGUCCCAGAGAGUGUCCCUACUGCCUUCCCUUCCGUUCCCACCGGGAACAGCAGCGCGUCCGGUGCCUCCAACAGCUCCAAGGAUGGCCUCCCUGACGCCCCCUGAGCGCAAGGAGUUGUGGCUCUGCCAGUGCCUUUGUGCCCUGCCCACAGGGGAGGGGGCUCGGGGGGUGGCACCUGCAGCCACGAGGACUCCAUCUCCUGGCCGAGCAGAGGUGGUGAGGAGGGGAGCUGCGGCCUGGCGUGCAGUGUGGCUGCAAUAUGGGUGGCACCGCGUGGGACAUCACCGGGCUGUCAGCUCAGCACGGGCACAUGGCUGUCCAAAGAGGUUCCAGGCACAGAUAAGACGUUCAGUUGGGAUUUGCGCCUCAGGGGACCAGCGGGGACAUUUAAGGGCAGCGUGCGCGGCCAUUAUUAGUGCUUUUGGCUGUCAGCUUCAGCGUGUCCUCACAGACUGCCUCAAUGGCACCGAGCUCAGUGAGGGCCGCUGGGCCCCGGUGCGGCCUACAGCCCUGCUCCCCAUGGGGUGCUGCCCUGAAGGGAGGCAGGGCGAGCAGAUCCAGGUGCCCUCGGGGGCUGGGAGCUACAGAGCAGCCCUGCCUGGGGGUCACACAGCCGUGGGAGGGGUCAGGUUCGGGUGGGGGUCCACACUUCCCCCACUUCCCAUAUCCCAGAGCUGGGUGUCACAGGCCUGGUGGGACUCGAUGCAGUCAUUUCCCUCUAUUAUUGGAGCUUUUUUAUCAGUGAGUUACGAGUCCUUUGCCACCGGCAGUGGCCUGAGCGCUAUACGAUGUACAAAGAAAAGGCAGCUCUGGUGCCAAAGUGCUUAUUGUUCAAAAUGCAGAUUUUUUUUUGUUUUUCUUUUUUUCCCUUCAAAGCAAACCAAUAGACGGAAAACCAGAUGAAAAAACAGUGGGAGCCCAGAGACGAGAGAGAAGGAUUUACUUUGUUAUUUAACCUGGGAUCUGCUGCGCUGUGCUCAGCAGCCUGCCCUAAGGAGCCUGCCUUGGGAGGGGUUGGGCUGGGGGAUCUGCAGAGCUUCCUUCCCACCCCUGAAAUCCUGUGAUUCCGUGGUUCUGUCUUCUCCAGGCACCCCUUGAAAUGGAGCCCUGGCAGAGAUCGUAGAUUGGUUUGAGUUGGACGGGACCCUGAAAAGCCAUCUGGUCCCACUCCCCUGCAAUGGGCAGGGUCACCCACAGCUCCUUCAGGAUGCUCAGAGCCUGGUCCAUUUCUGAGUGCUUCAUUGUUUUUAACGUGCCGCAGAAUUCUGUGUCGCCAACUCACGAGUGCAGAUGUUGUUGUGGACCGGCAGGAGCUAUUGGCAGUUGGGUCUUUUCCCACCUCCGAAGACAUGUGAAGCAAUUUGGAUCCAUGCGACGCUAGCUGAAUUGUGCUGUUAACAUGAUAAGUGGCGUUACAAGUGAGAGCAUUAGACAAAAAUUCACAUCUUUGGGAUCCUGAAUGUGUCUGUUAGCUGUAUGUCUCCAAAGAAAUUUUGUCACCCUGUCUGCAGGCUUUAAUAACACAACAGCAAAGUACUAGACUGUGUUUGGUUCAGGUUUGGGGCUACGGUUGCGUUCUUUUUCAUUGCUAUAAAAAUCCAGCAAAAUCUGGCCUUACCAUAAACCUGUGAGAAGUUGAGUGUGCACGUGUUCUGUAGAUACUCCCUAUGCAUUUGCAGAUAAACCCAUUGGAAACGCAACCAAGGUAUUUGAAACACACAGGCCUAUCAAUGCUGUGAAGCGCAGUGUUGCCACAAGAACCGGUGCCAUGGCAGAAGUCGAGAGGAAGCUGCUCAUUCCGGCAUGCCCAGCCUGCACGCCAUGCCAUCCUUCAGUCUUGGAGCUGCAUGUCAACCAGGAUGACAAAAGCAGUGAUGGAACGGCAGCUUGCUUGGGGGGCUGUGCAGGGGACCAUGGGCCCUCUGGAGAAAAACAGCAAGCGAGGAGGUCGUUAAUGCUGGGGGAGCAGUCUGCAACUGCGGCCCUGGUGCUGUCCUUCCCAGUGCCAGCAGUGAGAGCCAAGGCAGGAGGGAGCUGUGCCUGUGAGUCCCGAUGGUGAGAGCUCUGCGUGAACCACCUUGGAGCCCGGACAGCUGUUAUGAUAGACCUCUAUUCUGAGCUGUUUGUCUGGUGAGUCACUUUUAAAGGAACAAGGCUGAAACCACAUUGCUGCUAAUGACUCUUUCCACGGGUGUGGCUUCCCUUUGCUUGAGUACGCUUGAAGUCAUGCGCAGUGAGAGGUGUUUUCAGGGACCGGCUUAUUUUUGGCACUGAAUUUAGAACAGGGCCAUGUUCUGCCCAGAAGUUCACACCUUGCAACUGGCUCCCACCCACCCUUCACUUAUUUACCAUUCUGUUUUGAAAAUGGACCGAGGACUACAGACCACACAUGCCUAUGAGAUGCUGCACUUCAUUCAUGAUGGUACUUCAGAUACUGAGUGUUGAACCCCCAGAACAGGAGAGCAAGUCAGUAAUUUGCACCAGGUCAACUUGAUUAUUUUCUGAUUAUUUUCGUCCCGCUAAUCCUGUCGAUUAAAGAGAGGUGAUCCAGAGCUGUCAGUAAUCUUUGGGGAUGAAGCACGGGUGGAGCAAAGUUGAGCUUAGUGAAAUCUACCGGAUAGACCAAAACAGCACCAAACUGUUUGGUUCUCACCCCCACUGACUCUCUCUUAAAAAAUACAUGUAGGAAGAUUGAGCAUAGAAAACAUUUAUCAUUUCAGCGCAACUUCUCCUAUAUCUCUUUGUGCCUCCUUGUUAAAUAGUGCUUUGCUCUCUGGAAGCAAGGCGAAAAACAAGGGGACAGAAUAAAGUUGGGGUACUUGAAUUUGUGACUUAAUUACGUCGUCAUUACCAGAGCGGCUUCCCUAGAUGUGUGCAGGACUGUGUGAUACAUCCUGAGGAACGCGUCCCAGUCCUGUGAGGUACCUGGUGAAAUCAUUUCAAGUAUCUACUGCCGACUUUGCUGGGAAUAAAGAUGCCUUGGGAGACUCACUGCACCCAACCCAGCCACGGAAACAGCAAUUGUGCCUUCGCCUCUCUCUGUUCUCAAAUACAAGCAGUUUGUCACCAAAGUGGUGCUUGAAGUAACUUCACUAAUUUCAGUACGGUUUAACCGAGAGCAGGUUUCAUCUGUUGCCUCCGAAAUAUUAGUUUGUGGAUUCCUGUGGAAAGAUAAAACAGGAGGGAGAAAAAUAUUCUCCUUCACUUGUGUGAAUUCCUACUAAAACAUCAUUUACUUUCUUGUUCCCUAGUGGAAAAGCAUGCUUGAUUUCAAUUAAAAUGAAAUGUCAUCAUUUUGGGACGUGCUGCAUAGUUUUAACAAAUACGCCUUGUGUUCAUCCAUCAGGGAGAAGAUGUUGGAUUUGUAUAAAGGCCAACAGGUACAGAGGAUGCUUUGCAUUCAUGGUGAAAUUACCUGUGCAUGUAUCCUACCAGCACCCUGUUUAGCUGAACUCAGCCGGGGCAGAGGAUUUUCCCUCCUUUUCCACCCGUGUUAGUUGCAGGUGUUUAGAGCAGUCUUUGUUCCACCUCUCUGGUGAUGGAUUUCCUCAAUUCUGCAGCCUCAGGUCUGGGUCCCUGGGUCCCAGCAGCCUUUCCCAGUUGGAGAUACUGUGUCCUGCAAGCCCCCACUGUACUGGUUGGCAGCAGUGGUCACUGGUGAUGUUUUGCUCUGAACAAGGCUGUAUGGUAUGUCCUGUAGUUGAGGGAAGUCUACAGAACUGAAUUUUACCAUAAAAAAAAAAAAUAUAUAUAUAUGUAUACAUAUAUAUAUAAAUUCCUGUUGAAGCAUCCUGCUAUACAUUAUUUUUUAAUUCAAAGGCUGUUUCUCUUUCCCCUCACCCCUUCCCAGUGGGAUGGGGGAAAGAAUAAGAAAACAAACAAAGUAGAAUUCGGAGGUUGAGGUAAAACUUUACUAAGACAGAGAAAAGGAAAAUAGUUAUGACUGUACGUAUACAUAAAUGUCUAUAAGAAGUGAUGCACAAGCAGUUGCUCACCACGCUCGACCAAUGCUCAUCUGGCCCUUGAGCAGUGGAAUAGAGCAGUAUGAAUUCCUACCCCCUUCAAAACGCCUUCCACGUGAUGCCACAUGAUAUGGAAUAUCCCUUUGGCUAGUUUAGGUCAGCUGUCCUGAUUCUGCUCUCUCCCAGCAACUUGGGCCCUUUGCUGAGAGUGGCCUUGGCAUAGCAGGCAACUAUAAAGAUUGCUGCAUUAUCAACGGAGUUUAUCUCCUAGAACCAAGACAUAGCAUCAUACCAGUCACUAUGAUGAAAACGGUUCCAUUCCAGCUGAAACUAAGACAAUAUCUUAUCCUUUUGCCAUUUAAAUUUGACAUGUAAAAAUUUCUUUUCAAGCCGUACUACAGUGAAGUUAGUUCUGUCAGUUUACUUCACUCAAGUAAAUGGGCAUAUGUAGGUAGUUAUGGAAAUACGUUGGUCGUGAUGACAGCUGGACUAAGAAUACGAAAUGUGCAAUAAGGCAACUUCUUAUGAAGAUUUCAGCAGGUAUCUUUAAUAUUUCCUCAAGAACAAACAUCUGGAAGAAAUGCUUUUCUCAUGGAAACGUUUUUAAUAUGGUACGUUUUCUUCGAGAAAAGACAGGGAAAUGUUAAUUGGAGGUGUGUAUCGUAGCCAAUUAACUUGAUAAUACACCUGUAAAACUAGAAACAGUGUUAUUCUUUGUCUACUGCUUGCCAUCUUCUAUUAAUGACUAAAGAACAGAAAAGUAUUCUACGUAUGAUAAUGUGAUUUGUGGCUUUCUUCCCCAGGUAGACCUAUUUAAAAAGUAAGAAAUGUUUGGAGGGAGGUAUGGCACCUAAAAUGCCCGUUUCACAGAAGUUUGCUAUUCUGUAACGUCAAACAAAAGUGUGUUUGGAACGCCCAGGCUUCUGAGUGCAGUCAGCGUGAUGAGUGUCACUGGUGAUGAUUUACGGUCAUUCUGCAUGACCAAACUAAACAAAGUUCUGGGUAGCAGACGUACUUUGUCUUCAGCUUUUGAAUGGAAUUAGCAUAUUGUAUGUGUGAAAAGAACUGUAUUCUUUGUUUUUUGUUUGUUUGUUUGUUUGUUUGUUUGUUUUCCUUGGGGCUUUCUUUAUUUCCUAUUCUCCUAAUCUGGAUCUUGUGAGCAUACAGUAUGAUGAUAUGGGUAUCAAAAUGUCUGAUUCAAAGACAACUCCCUCACAGUGUUUGAAGGCAGAUGCUAUAUUCCAAGUAGAGGGAGAAGUUCUGAACUAUGCCAUGACAUGAUAACCAAACUUUUCAUAAGUAGUAUUCCUGAAACGCUUAGACUUGAAUGUAUUUUGGGAAAUGCCUAACACUGUUUUCCUUAUAUCAAAAUUUUAAUACGUGUUUUAACUUAAUGUUACAUUUUCAUUCCAAAUGAGGAAGAUGAAAUGUCUUGAUCGGCCCCUUGAAAGCAUCCAACAUAAUUUUCUCCAGAGUGUGUGGGGUCAUCCAUCAUAAAGCUACACAGAAUGUUCCUGCAUUGCUCUCCCUGCUUCAGAAACUCAGUAAUUUGAUUGAUAAAAGUGUCUUACAAUUCCUCACAUAAAUGUGAGCAUGGCAAUAUUUUUGUUAUCAGUAUCAUCCUUUAACUCGAGUAGUUCUUCCUUUCUUGGCUUAUCACUAAUAAUGCUCAUCAUGCUGGGAUAAAUGAUGUCUCUUACACAAUGGAUUCUCCAUUCUCUUCUAAGUAGCCCUUCUCUGCUUUUUUUUUUUUUUUUUUUUUCCAUUUUGAAUUCAUCUUUCCCAAAAAGGUUGAAUAGAAUUACAUUCAGCGUCCCAUAUAAAGCCUUACUGCAUCUUGCUCAGUGCAAUUAAUAGUUGCUUACAUCUGCUAGAAGUCACCUGGCUCACAUCUUAGGAUCACUUUUGAUUCUUUCAACAGCAUCUGAUAUUUACCCCGGAAUUCAGGAACACGUCCAGGUCAUUAUCCUGUAUGAUUUCUAGUUGGUGUCUUUCAGGCUGUAGCCUUUUUCUAACAGUUACCAAACUAAGAGACUCAUUAUACCUAAUCUUCGCAGGCCAGAUCUGGAUCCUCAGCUCCGCAAGAGGUGUCAACAGCAGCUGUGACGAACUGUUCUCAGCAGGUCCCCUACCAAAGCACAGCUGACUGGAGACCUGUCUUCUGGAUGGCAGUCAGAUGAGGUGAAUCCCUCACUGUCUACACUUCCCAUUACAUACUGUUGCAUCUAAUGUACUUUCUAUUGCUUUGGUCUUCAAUGAGCAGAACUUCCAGUGUGAUGCUCCCAUCAUUGCCACUACCUCCUUCAAUUUGUCACUGGAACGUUUUAUUAGCUUACUCCUCCCUUUACUGCAGAGAUCAUUGAUGAAAUAAGCAGUAAGAUCAUUUCCAGCACUAACUCUUGAUGUUGAAUUCACAGAAUCACAUACUGUCUGAGCCGGGAAGAGACCGCUGGGUCCUUCUGAUCCAACCCCCUCCCCAGGAUCGGACACCCAGAGCAGAGUGCCCAGGCCCCCGUCCAGCUGAGUUUUGAAGACGUCCAAGCAGGAAACCCCAACAUCUCUCUGGGAAACCAGUAACAGUGCUCUGGCACCAGCACAGUGAAGAAGUGCUUCAAGAAAUGUAGGAAGGAGAUCUUGGGUUCAGGUCCACGGCAGCACUAAGCCGUUGGUGAUGUGCCACGGCUACAUCUUCAGAGAGAUGGGAGAAGCGUCGCCAUUCGCACAGGAACAAAUAUGCUGACUCAGUAAUGGAAGAAUGCUAAAGAAAAUGUAUCCACUUGGAGAUCUUUUUUCUAUAUUCUUUCAUCCUAGAAUUUCAUGGAACGAGAAUAACAUAGUUACUUGUUUGUGUUGAAAUCAAACAUGCUUGUUCUUCACUUGCAAAAAUAGGAAACUUCUUUCAAAGUGACACUCUUCAUGAAAGAAUAGAAGUGUGCAGCUGCUGUAUGACUAAGUGAUUAAAAACCUGAUGGCUAAUUCAUUUUAGGUGAUAUGUUUGCACUCAAGGCCAAGUAUCAUAAAAAUAGCUGCUUCGCUUUUCUUUUUUAAUAUUAAGUAAAACACCAUAGAGUUUUCAGUAGGCUGGCAAGAUUUUCCAUAUCCAGUUUUGCCCAAUUGAAGUCAGGCUACCACAACUAGAAUUGUCUUCUCUCUAAUAUUUCCCUUUUACGCAGCCUUCACCCACGUAGUUUUUACUAGACAAAUGGUUUUAAACUACCUGAGGCCAAGGGGAAAGUUCACAACAUUUUAUAAAUCUUGCCUGGAAAAUGCCAAGAUAGAUGGCAUUUUCUUGGCUCGUACACUGUGUGUAGGGAAGUAGAGAGAGUUUAGAGAGUUUAUGAGACUUAAUAGUCUGCUCACCAAAGCGGUAGUAUUUAACUCAUUGAGUGCUAUUUGAGGACUCGACAUGGCUAGAGAAGAAUGUCAUAUUGUUGUUAAUAUUAUUAUUUGUUAUUUUUGUUAUUGAGCUUAGAUGCGUAGAAGACAACCAGAGAUGCUUGAUUUUGGGUUCAGUGUGCUGAUGUACGUUGCUUGUCCUUAUAAUCUAAUUAAAAGAUGAUGUAAAAAAUACGUGGGAAUGAGAACAGAAAGAGGAUGAAGAAGAAAAUAAUUGAAGUAAUACAUGGUGGUUGGAUUAGUUAUUUGCACAAUUAGCUAUUUGAAUUAGCUACUUGACAAGUGAUAUAGAAGAAAGAAUAAAGGGCUAUCUCUGUCAAAGACAGUUUUUAGUGAAGCUGCUACUGUAAGUGUAUUAUGAUUUAAAUAUAAAGAGCUUCAGGUUUCAGUUAAAUGGAUUUUGAUUCUGCUUAUUUUUCUAAUGCUAGAUUUGUUUCAUUUCUGUAUUAAGCUCCUCUUAUUAAACCAUGCAGUGUCUGAUGGAAAUUUCAACCUUUGUUUCAAGUGCAAUGCAGUUUCCUGGGAGCAGACUAAGGCAUAACCUAACGAUUUUUUUAAACACUUAUUUGUGCUCAACAAAGAGAUUGAACAUAAAAUCUCAGGAUUUAUUGAAAUACUCUGAGCCGGAGAAACAGGUAUACAAUUAUUUCUAGAUAUUGGAUUGCUUUUCAGCUGACAAACUCAUAACUUUGCUACUGCGUUCUUCUGACAUGCUCAACAGAGGUUUGAUUAUGUCUAUCCCCAUUUAGCUAGGUAGAGUGCCAUCUCCGCUGGGGGAAACAGAGAAAACAGCUACUUGAAAACAAGAAACUAUUAAUAUUUGAUCAAAAUUAAAUUGAUUGUAUGGGAUGAAUAUGAGGUAGGAAAUUGUAGUCAAAUUAAUUUUCACAGCAAAUUGGUCUCAAUUUUUUUGAGAAGGACCCAAAGUGAGUUAUGGACCCAACAGUCCAAUGCAGUCAGAUCCAGGAGACUGGAAUCUUCAAGUCCUUCACAUGGCAAGCCACCAGUCUGGAAUGUCUUACCUGACUGAUUUUCCAGAACCACUUCCUUCAAGCUGAAGAGCCAUCUCAACAUGUGGAAAGGCAAGCCUGAGUGGCAGGAGACCUGCAUGGCUGGGCAAUGAAUGGACGCAAACAUAAAAAGGAAGAGAGGAAAAGGUGGAAGCAGGGCACCCACAUCGUGACUUAAGGUCAUCAAGGGCUGUGAGAUUUGUAUGGAAUACAACAAAAAUAUCAAAUAAAAUUGAGGAACUUAUCUGAAA